AUGGCGGCGUCGAAGCUCUCUACGGAAACUAGCACAAACAUCCCAGAUUAUGAAUAUACUGAUGUGAACACCAAACCGUUUCACAUCGGCUCGUUCAGAAACGAGUGGCUGAAGAGGCUGAAGCCGAACGACUGCUCCUACCAGCAGGAGGACGAGGACACGUUUGACGCUAACUUUGCUAAGGAGAUGGGGAUCGGCGCGGAGACCAUGGCCGACCUGAAGUCCAUCUGCAGUCUUGAUUCACUCCGUUGCCAUCCUGAGGAUCAGGAGCCUGACACAGAAGUUGUACCUCCAGACCCGACUCUUAAAACACUUAUGCAAAGGAAAACAAGACAAGAUUACAAAGCUUCUCUGAAAAUCAGCAAGAAUAGGCAUGACCUCUACGCAGAUGAACUGGAGCGUUUAACUGUUGGUAGGAAACCAGAAGCAGUGGCUGACAUGGUCCCGGAAGGAGAAAUCAUUCUGACCAUCAACGUCUACUACCCCGCCACUUAUGAGAAAUUCAACUACAUAAGACCCCACAUGACUCUGCUGAUGACAGGCUCCCACAGCCUGGCAGACCUCAGGGAUGCCAUUUGCUGUGUCAGCGACUUGCAAGUGUGCGGAGAGUUCAGCAACACACCGGACAUGGCUCCAGACUUCAUCAGCAAAGAUCAUUACAAGUCGGCUUUCUUUUUCUUCGAAGGAGUUUUCUACAAUGACAUGCGAUUCCCAGAGUGUCAAGACAUCAGCAUGACUGUCAUUGAAUGGGCAAAGACCCGCAACUUCCCAUCCUACAGCCAAGCCAAGAUGGAGGACACACGGUUUGUGGAUCUGAAAGUAAAAGUGGGCUUCCCGUACCUCUACUGUCAUCAGGGCGACUGCGAACAUCUCGUCAUCAUCACAGACGUCAGACUUAUCCAUAAGGACGACUGUCUGGACAAGAAGCUGUACCCGCUUCUUACUCACAAGCACAGGGUCACCACCCAGAAGUGUGCAGUUUGCCAUGUCUUCAUUGGAAGAUGGUUUACUACCAACGACCAGGUCGCUCCGUGCGACCCAUGUCUCUUCUGUGACAAGUGUUUCCGGAUGCUUCACUACGAUGCUGAGGGCAACAAGCUGGGAGAUUUUCUGGCCUAUCCCUAUGUGGACCGUGGUGCCUUCAACUAAAGCUUUUCUUUAGUGAAUUGCUCAGAUCACUGAUUUAAUGCUGUAUAAUACAGUUAACUGUCUUUAUAUUUCAGAAAGAAAUGUUUUAAGUUUUUUGAAAGGUAUCCUUUUUAAAAAGAAAAAGUUUUUCUUUGUUUGCAAAGUAAUGCUUUGGCUUUAAUAGUUUUUCAGUUUGAAAUAAACCAACGUUUACUGAAAGACUAAUUUUAAUUAGUAUUAGUAGUAUUAGUAUUUCCAUUCUCAUUGCUUUUUCCCAAUGCAGCCUUACAUAAUUUGUCCAUUGAGGUGACACCUUUGUUAUAAUUUGUGUAUAAUCCAUUUGUUACUUUAGCCCUUUAGCAUUUUUAAAACAGUGAAUAAUGUCUGAGGGGUUUUCUGGACCUCAAGGGAUUGGCAUAGAUGAUGAAAGUAAUCAAGUUCCCAGUCAGAUAUUGUUCUACAGAUGGCAGAUUCUACAGAUCAUUAAAAGCACAAAAAUCAAAGUUAAAGGUCUGAAAAGAAACACAUCCCUGGUUAUAUUUAUUAAGAGAUUAACAGUCAAAAACUCAGCCAGUCUGCUUCAUCACCAAAAUAGAUUUUUUUUAAAAUGUGAAAUAACCAAAACUGUUCUAACUUUGGGAGAAAAGUUAGCUUGCAGUUAACAUAGAACUCCAACACUCAUAGUUAGGAGCCAAUUGAGGUUAAAAUUAGGUCAAAGGACCUUUAAGGCUUCCUUAUCUUUGUCUACAGCAAUGUAAAUCUACCUAUUUGGAGACAUUGUAAAAUUAUUAGUCAGUCAAUCACAAGGAGCUAAUAGGUCAAACUUUCAAUAUAGAUCAAUGUAAAUAAAUGAUUAAAGACAAAAAGGUGUACUAUAUGUACUACUUUAUU